AUGGCUAGUAGCUUCAUAAAGACAAGAAGUUUCUUUAAUGCUGGUAAAUUUGCAUCUUAAUCUUGUUUCUGUGCAUGCGAACUUUAAAGACAUGCUUUGCAAAAUAUAGUGUAUUUCAGUAUCUGUACUUUAUUUAUUGCUCAUUUUAUAAAUAUAUAUUUGAUUUGAAUACAGCCAGGCCAGGUCAUAUUGGAGUAAGACUGCUGUCUAAUGGAACACCAGAGGUAUUUAAUAGUUUUAUACAAUUUUCGGGACAGUAUUUAUAAAUUUAUAUUAAUAAUACACUUUGAUAGUUUGAUUGUUUAAAUGUUAAUUUUUAGGAGAAGAGAACAUUCGGAAAUAUGAAAGUAUGUAAAUGAAGAAAAAAUAAAUAAUACACUAUUUGAAAUUUUAUAAGUGUUUUAAUUUGUUGAGUAAAAAUGUGUCUUAGUUAUUUUUUUGUGUUUCUUAAAAGGAUGAAGACAGAAUAUUUACUAAUCUAUAUGGUAGACAUGACUGGAAACUUAAGGGGGCUAUGAAAAGGGUGGGUGUACCAUAGAGUACCAUUUGUACUGGCAAUACAUUGACCACCAUACCAUAACUUUCAUCUAACUACUGUAUUUCUGUAACACAGGGUGAUUGGUAUAAAACCAAAGAAAUAUUGUUAAAAGGUUCUAAUUGGAUUCUGGAUGAAAUUAAAAUGUCUGGACUAAGGGGCAGAGGGGGUGCUGGUAAGUAGUUAUUAAUAUAUGACCAUCACCACCAUCGUCACAAUCACCAUCAUCCUCAUUAUUAUCACCAUCAUCACCAUGACCACUAUCAUUAUCACCAUGACCAACAUCACCAUCAUCAUUAUCAGUAUGACCACCAUCACCAUUAUUAUCAUCACCAUCAUUAUUAUCACUAUGACUACCAUCACCAUAAUCAUUAUCAGUAUGACCACCAUCAUCAUCACCAUCAUUAUUAUCAUCAUUAUCACCAUGACUACCAUCAUCAUUAUCAAUAUGACCACCAUCAUCAUCAUUAUUAUCACCAUCAUUAUAAUUACCAUCAUUAUUUUCACCAUCAUUAUUAUCACCAUCAUCACCAUCAUUAUUAUCACCAUGACCACCAUCAUCAUUAUCACCAUCAUUAUUAUCACCAUCAUUAUUAUCACCAUCAUAAUCACCAUCAUUAUUAUCACCAUCAUUAUCACCAUCAUUAUUUUCACCAUCAUUAUUUUCACCAUCAUUAUUUUCACCAUCAUUAUAAUUACCAUGACCACCAUCAUCAUCACCAUCAUUAUCACCAUCAUCACCAUCAUCAUUAUCACCAUCAUUAUUAUCACCAUCAUUAUAAUUACCAUCAUUAUAAUUACCAUCAUUAUUAUCACCAUCAUUAUUAUCACCAUCACCAUCAUCAUCAUCACCAUCAUUAUCACCAUCAUCACCAUCAUCAUUAUCACCAUCAUUAUUAUCACCAUCAUUAUAAUUACCAUCAUUAUAAUUACCAUCAUUAUUAUCACCAUCAUUAUUAUCACCAUCACCAUCAUCAUCAUCACCAUCAUUAUCACCAUCAUCACCAUCAUCAUUAUCACCAUCAUUAUUAUCACCAUCAUUAUAAUUACCAUCAUUAUAAUUACCAUCAUUAUUAUCACCAUCAUUAUUAUCACCAUCACCAUCAUCAUCAUCACCAUCAUUAUCACCAUCAUCACCAUCAUCAUUAUCACCAUCAUUAUUAUCACCAUCAUUAUAAUUACCAUCAUUAUAAUUACCAUCAUUAUUAUCACCAUCAUUAUUAUCACCAUCACCAUCAUCAUCAUCACCAUCAUUAUCACCAUCAUCACCAUCAUCAUUAUCACCAUCAUUAUUAUCACCAUCAUUAUAAUUACCAUCAUUAUAAUUACCAUCAUUAUAAUUACCAUCAUUAUCACCAUCACCAUCAUCACUAUCAUUAUCACUAUGACCACCAUCAUCAUCACCAUCAUCACUAUCAUUAUCACUAUGACCACCAUCAUCAUCACCAUCAUGAUCACCAUUAUUAUUAUAACCAUGACCACCAUCAUCAUUAUCACUAUGACCACUAUCAACAUCACCAUCAUUAUCAUCACCUGACCAUCACCACCACCAUCAUGACCACCACUGUUAACACCAUCUUCACCACUUGUUCCAGGGUUUCCAACAGGAAUGAAAUGGGGUUUCAUGAAUAAACCUUCAGAUGGAAGGUAA